AUGGCGGGAUGGCUGCCGUCCCCUGUGCUCUCGCUCAGCGUCCACUCGGUUCUGGUGAACAUUACGUCGCUCGUCUACAGCGUCUACUUUGGCAUCUCGGAGGCGACGACUGUGCGUAUCGGCCUUGCUCUUGGCGCCAACGAGCCCAUGCGUGCGCACGCCAUUAGCAAUUUGGCCCAACGCAUCGCGUUCGUCGCCGCGAUCUUUGUUGCGGGUUUGUUCGUCCUGACACACAACGUGCUUCCCGCUCUCUUCAUCAACGACCCCGACGCGAUUGCAGAAACGCAGCGCGCCUUGUAUCUGCUCGCGCUCUUUGAAUUUGUCGACGGCACAAACUGCGUUGUCCAAGGCAUUCUGCGAGGCAUGGGUCGUCAAUCCAUUGGUGCGUACGUGAACGCGGCUGCGUACUACGGCGUGGGGAUCCCCAUGGCGGCUCUCUUUGGCUUCUACUUCGAGGGCAACGUCUUUGGUCUCUGGACUGGUAUCGCCAUCGGCCUCUUCACGGCGUGCUGCAUCUUUUCAUGGAUUUUGCGGGGCACGGACUGGCGCGCAGCCGCGAGGAAUACAUUCGAUCGCAUGGCCGACGCGUCGUCCUAGUACUAGUCAUCGCGUGCAGCUCCUUGCCGUCUCGCAUCACUCGCUACGAGGUAAGUCUGGAAAUGCUCCAGCUGUAGACGCUCUGUCUCCAACUAAUACUGUAGUAUGAGUAAUAUGUUCAGGA